AUGCUUCCAUGCGGAGGAGCAACAGCGGCUCAGAGGGACGCUGCGAUGGCGUAUCACCAGUUGAUCCAGCAGCAGCAGCAGGCUUUGAUGCAUCGGCUCUAUCAAAACACGCCCUCUGCUGGCGAUGUUCCCAACGAUGAUAAUGACAGUAAUGGCGAAGUUUUCCAGGUGGUGGGGGAUGAGAUGAUGGCGGCACUCGGCCGACGGGUCAUCGUCAAUCGCACCGCAGUCACGGACGCAUCCGGGGAAGCAGGCAGACAAAUGAUGGACCACCGGGGGGAGGUCGUGCGGAGCGCACUGUUGCAACGGUAUUCCGCAAUCCCGCUGCGUCAUCACACCACGCAUCACAGGCAAGGGCAACCAGAGGAGGACAUUCAUUCCAUGGACCAUGAAAGGCGUCGAAGAAAUCGACGCGUGGAGUUCAUCUUGCAGCGUAUGCCCGACUUUUGGUCGAUCAUCACCAAUAAUGCCGUAGGAGGGCUUCAUUAG